AUGUCCUUGCGCUGGCGCAAGCGGUCUCAAUGGCCCCCCUCCCCAUCAGUUGAGGAUGAACUUGAUUCCCUAUCCAGGGAAUUAUAUGGAUUAGCUUACCUUGGAGAACUACCCGGGAUUGAAGGGGUCCACGCCCGUGGAACCAUCGAUCAAUGCCCGCUCAUUUUAGACGUUGAAAUUCUCAUUGUCUCCCAAGUCUUUUCUAAUGUGGAAGAGAAAACUGCCCCUGGACCCAAGGCACCUAAUGUUGGUGCCCGACCACAAUCUCCCAAAAAGGAUUCCAGAAAGGACCGAACACAUAAACCGUUGUACCCUGGGGAGAACCAGAUUCCAGGACCAGGAAGGAACCUCCCAUUACGGAACCCUCGCAGACCCCAGGAUGCACUCCCCCAGCAACCUAGAAUGGUACCCAAACAGGUACCAGAGGAUCGAAAGGCUCCUGCCACAAGCAGCAGGCCUCUUCCCCCUGGUCCUCCCCCCCUUCCUAUUCGGCCAGAUCUACCUGUUCGGGACUAUGGCAUUCGCAAGGGUACGCUUCAACCGAAGCCAAUGCCAGCUGUGCCACCACCUGCCCAAAAGGCUCCACCACCUGCUCCUCUAGCCUCGCGGGAGAUGCAGCGCAAGGCUUCUUCGUCAAUGCCGAAGCGGUCUGAAAGCGUGAAAUACACACGUACGCUGAAGUCCAUCUCAGUUGACCCCCGCUCCUCAAGCCCGGGUUACCUCUCUGAUUCAGGCGCCAUCCGGCACAAACAAGGUAGCGAUGUCUCUAACCGAAGCCCUCCGCCUGACGAUAGAAAACCACCUCUAUCGCCAGCACUCAGUGUUGCUGAAAGGCUGGAAGAAAAAAUCAAGCGCCGCCGCGAGGAACGUGAGUCUGGAAACCUCUCUGAUCCGCAGAUAUCUGCCCCGCUGCCACAGAUACAGGCUGUAUCGGUUCCUAAAUCAUCAUCGCCCGAGAUUCCUUCGUUGUCUGCUACCCAUCAGGCGGCCCAUCCCACACAGCCGCAAGAACUUACGGCGCCCAAAAAGCCAGCUGUCCGAUCUAUCUCGCUGGAUCGGGAAAAACCAAUUCCCGCCCAUCAGAAUCGCAGGCGAGCUGUAUCUUUUGCAGAAAAGCCAGUGGAGCAGCCUACCCAGAUACUAGUUGUUGUCGAGCAGGAAACCACCUUGACGCAGUUGCAACCACCCCGGCAAGAAGGCUCUGCAAAUUCAAGCCGCUCAACCUCGCCUAGUGGUAGCCUGAGUCUUUCUCCCUGUCCUAGGUCCCUUCCAGUAGCCGGAUAUCAAGACUGGCACACGAUUCAAGGGUUGAACCACCUCGAUAUUUGCCCCUCCUGCACCAAACAAAUGCGCAAGUCAAAGUUCCGCGACCGCUUCGUUCUAAGCGCCCCCAAACCGCGGACUGAGCUAGUUCGUUGUUCUAUGAGCGAACCCUGGACUCGUUUAGCAUGGGUGCAGACACUCAAGAAAAAGCUCGACCAUCUUGACCUCCUUUUUCAAAUCACACGGCCGCCACCAGGAAGCAAACCAUGCACGGGGCGUAUCAUUAACGACCAACACUGGUAUCGCGUCGUCGAUAACGAGACCGGUCUUUUCCUCCCUCAAUUCAAUGUCUGUUCCGCGUGUGUUCGAAACGUCCGUCUCCUGAUGCCAGAACACCGCGAAACAUUCGCGCGAAGCAGCAUAAUCCUGGAUCGCGUAUGCGACUUUGUCACAGAUAGCCCCCGGUUCAUCCGCUACAUCGACGGGCUGGACCUGUCGGCGAAUCGCGCAGAACAGAAGGAUGCUCCUCCGGAUCUAAGCGAGUUCUUAGCCUACGCGCGACGCAAGGUGGUCCUCCGAGAUUGCCGACGGAGCCGGCUGGUUCUCAACACGUGGCACUACAUGCCACAGCGGCCGGAGUUCACGGUUUGCGAGGACUGCUACGAUGAUAUCGUGUGGCCCCUGGCAAAAGGACGGUUCCCCAUCGCACGGCAAUUCUCCACGGUGAUGCGGCUUCUUCCGGGGGAAACAGGGCCAUCAAGCACGCGCGAGGCAAGCUGCCAGCUUUACUCGCCUCGGUUGCGGGCGAAAUUCAACGAUGCGGUGCGCCGAAACGAUAUGCCGUACCUGAAUUGGGUGGCGCUGAAACGGUACGAAGCGGAGCAACGGUUUCGGGAUCGUCAGGAGGAAUUGCACGAGGAUGAGCGACGGGGUUAUGACUGUUCGAUUGAAUUACGGAAAAACUUCGAGGAAUGGAAGCGAUGGGAAUGAUUUUUUUUUCUUUUCUUUUCUUUUUCUUUAUUGGAAAAUGUCCCAGCAUUUUGCCUUUUUUGUGUUUAUUUUAUCAGUCUGUUUGGGUAUUGGUCAACCAACCCCUGUAUCGUACACUCAAACACCAAUUCUCUAUAUGCAUAGACAGAGGACCCUGUACCAACAAUGAAACUUUGGAAAAGGAUAUAAAAAAAAAAAACCAC